GCUGUUAACGAUGUUCUUCGGAGCAGACAGUUCUCACGUCUAUUCUACUUUUUUAGAGAGUACUUAGAAAUUCGUCAAAAUGUCUAUCAUUUCCCGAAUAGGCUUCUGCUUUGUACUUUGCUGUAGCCUUUCAUGGAAGCUGCCCACGUCCGAAGCUGUGGGUAAAGACAGUAGUCCUAGAUAUUGCAAUGAAACUUCUUCUUCCCUACAACUCAGCGGUCGGCUAGCACUUGUCACCGGUGGAGCAAGCGGCAUUGGCCGUAGCGUCGCCAAAGUGCUGGCUCGUGAAGGAGUGACCGUCUUCAUUGCUGACAGAAAUGUGACAGGUGGCGAAGAAACCAUCAGAAUGCUACGAGCAAUCCAGGACUGUGGUCACAUGGGGAUGUUCACUGACCUCCGAAAGUCCGCCGACGUGCAAUCUCUCUUCAAAGAAAUCAAAAAAGUUUUCCCCGGAAAGAAGCUCAGUCUCGUGGUCAACAGUGCAGAGAUACUGCAGAAGUCCACACCCCUGAGCUUGAUCAGUGACGCAACGUUUGACGACCUGAUCGCUACGAACCUAAAGGCCACGUUCCUCGUUGCACGGGAAGCGGUCAAGUCCAUGCUGGCUCAAAACGUGAGCGAUGGUGCCAUUGUGAACAUCGCGAGCAUCUUCGGCAGAGAUGGAGCUGCGGGUCUUUCCGCCUACGCGGCUUCAAAGGGCGCAGUUCUGGCCUUCACCAAGUCUGUGGCUUUGGAGCUGUCGAACAAGGGAAUACGAGUUAACGCGAUCUUGCCCGAGGUCACCGAAUCCCCUAGAGUUUCUCAGUCUCCAGCAGAAGUUGUACGAAACCGGGUUGUGAACGUCAAUGCCACGCUGUCUACCUCAAUGCCGGUAGAAAUAUCUGAAAGGAUUGCGUUGAUUUUGUGCCCCAAGAGCAGUAAUAUAACCGGGGCGUUCAUUGAUGUUACGGGACAAAUUAACACCUAAUUCGUCAAUAAACUGUUGUCUCCUCA